AAAGUCACGUGAUAACUCCAGUCCUGCUGGUUGCCUAGCGACUGUGACAGCUAACUGAUCUUUGCGAUGACAAAAAAGGACUCUCGAACUCAGAAGGCAGUUGAUAAAGGUGAAAGAACGUCAUCUGAUUCAGAAACUAAUGACGGUUUAACGGGAUAUUUCGUUACGGACUUUCCUGUUUUAUGCGAAAGAGAAGGAAUAUACCCGAUUUCCGUGGUUCCACGGUCUCUAGCACCGCCACCAGACGAGGAACAAGAACAAAGCGUGGGCGUGGUUUAUCAACCCAACAGACAAUUUUUCCUCGCAAAAAUACUCGCAGAUAUCGAAGAAGACUGCGGGAAAGACGUCGUAAAAGCUAUACAUUUACGUGGAUGGUUGUUAGAAGAACGUAUUCUGAACGCUUUGAGUUUGGCACUUCCGUCUUGUUCACAACUCACAACAAUCAAGCUGUGGAACGUGGGCUUAACAGAACAGACUUUUUCAACGUUUACCUCUUUAGUCAUACAGUUUCAUAUUAAGCAUGUGGCUCUUAGUGGAAAUCCGAUUGACGGAGAGAACUACUCAGCAUUGUUGUCAGAGGAGUCAAGUGUAGAGAAACUCAGUCUGCAUGGCAAUGGUUUGAGUGAUCGUGGGGCUGAGCUGCUUGGAGAGGCUUUGUCUCCUUACAAACAUUCUCUUCUUCUCCUCGACUUGUCACACAAUAGAAUAAGCAGUGAUGGGACUAAGCAUUUGGCUCGAGCUUUACGAAUGAAUCGGAGUUUGCUUUCUUUGUCACUUGCUAACAAUAAAGUGGAUGAUGAGGGAGCUGUGGCACUUUCUGAGGUUGUGUCUCGGUUUCCAUUGAAUCGGCAUGAAAUUGUUGCAAGAAGAAUGUUUAACUCGGAUAAACGGCAGGCAGAGGAUUCAUCAGCACAAACCAUGAGUAACAUUGGGGCAAGUAUUUCAACAGAGAAGCGACAGGGUCUGAAACCUACAGCGAGCCACGACAAGAUGCCAAGAGAGAAAAGAGAGAAAACACCAGGACUGAAGAAGAGGGAAUCAAAACGAGAUGAGAGAGGAAAGAAAGACGACAAAGAUGGAAAGUUAAAGAAAGCAUUGGGGAGUGCAGAAUUAAAAAAAGGGAAAGGUGGAAAAGUAGCAAAGAAAGGCACAGAUGUGUCAUCAGAGGAAGUGAAAAUGGACGUGUUGGAGCAUGUCUACCCUAUCACAGAGAAUGUGGAAGAGAUCGGAGGAAAGAAAUAUAUCUUAGGAAAUAGAGCACUCACAAAUAUCAAUCUUUCAUAUAAUGCUAUUAGCGAAGAAGGUAUUUCUGCUCUGUUGAAAGCUGUUCAGUUUCAGUCUACAUUGUCUUUGCUGCCCGGCGCUGGUCUAAUGAGGCUUUCAGUUCAGCACAAUAAUGUUUCACCUCACCAUGAAGACGCGAUGACAUUGCAGGAGUUAAUGCUCACAAAGGAUCCAUUUUACAAGCCUCCUGACUCGGAAUCAGUCUCAACUACCCAGGUUGAUGAUCACUUAUAACGUAUCUCAACUACUGCAAUUUGAAGUGUUAAUAGAAAUUCACUGCAUAUAUAUAUACUUUGCAGACUGCAUGUGUACAUCUAGAGGCAUAUUAUUGAGCGUAAUAAUAGUGGGAAUUGACACUAUAGCUAUGGCUAUAGACCAUUCUGAACGCCGUGCCAUAAUUGUUGAGUUUAGUUAGUGACUCUGCAUGUACAUUUGGAUUUCGAAUGAAAGACUACUAUCAGAUUCUAA